AUGGGUAACCAGAGAAAGGUGUUUCCAAGCGAAGAAGAUGUACCAGCAUCACCAAGGGGCGUAUUUGAGGUUCCUAUUUCGGGCACAUAUUCGGACAGCACUGGAAGCAGCAAUUACAAUUACAGUUCUGGGUUGUCAUGGAUGGGCCCACAUAAGCUACAUACGAAAGAAGGCCAUCACGGACAACAAUGGAAGACCAUGAUCGAUACCUUCAAAUCUGUUCGAAGAUUCUCGAACAUUCCUCUGCUUGCGGCUAGCUACGAGAUCUCUAGAAGGAGCUUGAGGAAUAAGUUGGCUCGUAUUCGACCAGCUAACGAAGAUGAUGAUUAUAAUUUGGAUGCUGCUAUUGAUCUUGACGCUAUUGCCACCAAGCCUUCUUGGAAGAACUUCGGCUACGCAGAACUCGUUGCUGCAACGGACGAUUUCAACCCUGAGAACAUGAUUGGAAAAGGUGGUCAUGCUGAAGUCUACAAAGGACGUUUACCUGAUGGUCAAGUUGUAGCAGUAAAGAGGCUAAUGAAGAACGAAAAGGAAGUUGAGGACAGAGCUGGUGAUUUCUUGACAGAACUUGGGAUUAUUGCUCACAUAAAUCACCCAAAUGCAACACGCCUUAUUGGGUUUGGAAUUGAUCGUGGCCUCUACUUUGUUCUACAAUUAGCCCCACAUGGCAGCCUUGCGUCUUUGCUCUUUGGUUCUGAAUGCUUAGAGUGGAAGAUAAGGUUCAAGGUAGCUAUUGGGGUAGCAAAAGGAUUGCAAUAUCUCCAUCAUGAUUGUCCAAGAAGAAUCAUUCACAGAGACAUCAAAGCCUCAAACAUAUUACUCAACAAUAAUAAUGAAGCUGAGAUUUCAGAUUUCGGAUUGGCAAAGUGGCUUCCAGAUAAGUGGGCCCACCAUGUUGUCUUCCCAAUAGAAGGCACAUUCGGGUAUUUGGCUCCAGAGUACUUUAUGCAUGGACUUGUGGAUGAAAAGACUGAUGUUUUCGCAUUUGGGGUUUUGUUAUUGGAGCUCAUAACAGGUCGUCGUGCAGUUGAUUCAAAUAGCAGGGAAAGUCUUGUGAUCUGGGCCAAACCACUGUUGGACGCAAAGAUGGUCAAGGAAAUAGCAGAUCCCAGAUUAACAGAACAAUAUGAUCCCACAGAAAUGAAGUGUGCCAUGGCAACUGCUUCUAUGUGUAUCCACCACAUGUCCUCUAGGCGGCCAUACAUGAACCAGGUUCUGCAGCUAUUGAAGGGCGAAGAGGUGGCUGUAGAACUGAGUCAAAAAUCAAUAGCUCCAAGAUCGCUCUUGUUAGAUGCCUGUGACCUAGAAGAUUAUACUUGCUCUAAUUAUUUGAGCGACCUCAAUCGCCACAAGCAAUUAAUCAUGGAGUGA